GUAAUGGAGAAAUCCAGACCCCUAUGGGACAAUCCCCUGCAGUUUGUUUUCGCCUGCAUUUCCUAUGCUGUGGGGCUGGGAAAUGUGUGGAGGUUUCCAUACUUGUGUCAGAUGUACGGAGGAGGAGGCUUUUUGAUCCCAUACCUCAUCAUGCUGAUUGCCGAGGGGAUGCCCCUGCUGUACUUGGAGCUGGCCGUGGGGCAGCGCAUGCGGCAGGGCAGCAUCGGCGCCUGGAAAAUUAUAAGUCCCUACCUCUGUGGUGUUGGAGUUGCCAGUGUUGUCGUCUCCUUCUUCCUCUCCAUGUACUACAAUGUGAUAAAUGCCUGGGCCUUCUGGUACCUCUUCCACUCCUUCCAGGACCCGCUGCCAUGGGCCACCUGCCCCCUCAACAGCAACCGCACGGGCUACGAGGAGGAGUGUGAGAAGACUUCAUCCACGCAGUACUUCUGGUACCGGCAGACCCUGAACAUCUCCCCGUCGCUGGAGGCCAGCGGCAGCGUGCAGUGGGAGCAGGCGCUGUGCCUGACGCUGGCCUGGCUCGUGGUUUACCUCUGCAUCCUCCGCGGCACCGCCUCCACCGGCAAGGUGGUCUAUGUGACAGCCUCUUUGCCAUACUGUGUUCUCAUCAUAUACCUCAUCAGAGGAUUAACACUUCAUGGAGCUGUGAAUGGGCUCAUCUACAUGUUCACACCAAAGCUGGAGCAGCUGUUGAACCCCAAGGCCUGGAUCAGCGCUGCCACACAGAUCUUCUUCUCUCUGGGCCUUGGCUUCGGCAGCCUCAUUGCCUUUGCCAGCUACAAUGAGCCCUCCAACAACUGCCAGCGACACGCCAUCAUCGUGUCCCUCAUCAACAGCACCACCUCCAUAUUCGCCAGCAUCGUCACCUUCUCCAUCUACGGCUUCAAGGCCACCUUUAACUACGAGAGCUGCAUCAACAAGGUGAUCCUGCUGCUGCUGAAUGCUUUUGACCUGGAGGAAGGCUCUUUAACAGCAGACAACCUCAGUGAGAUGAAAGAUUACCUCAUGGCCACCUACCCACAGGAAUAUGCCCAAUUAGCACCACAGAUCAAAAACUGCAGCUUGGAAGCUGAGCUAGACACGGCUGUCCAGGGGACGGGACUGGCAUUUAUUGUCUAUUCAGAGGCGAUCAAAAACAUGGAGGUGCCCCAGCUGUACUCUGUGCUCUACUUCUUCAUGCUGCUGAUGCUGGGCAUUGGCAGCAUGCUGGGGAACACGGCUGCCAUCCUCACACCGCUGACCGACAGCAGGGCCAUCGCCUCCCGCUUCCCCAAGGAGGUGAUCUCGGGUGUUGUGUGUUUUGUGAAUUGUAUAAUUGGCCUGAUCUUCACCACGGAGGCUGGAAAUUACUGGUUUGACAUCUUCAACGACUACGCAGCCACCCUGUCGCUGCUGCUCAUCGUGCUGGUGGAAACCAUCGCUGUGUGUUACAUCUAUGGCAUAAGGAGAUUUGAGAAAGAUCUUUACACCAUGAUUGGACGCAAGCCAAACUGGUAUUGGAAAAUUAUGUGGGCUUUUGUUAGUCCACUGCUUAUUAUAAGCCUAUUUAUUUUUUACAUCACCGACUACAUCCUCACAGGAACAUUGCAAUACCAAGCAUGGGAUGCCACACAGGGGCAGCUGGUGACCAAGGACUACCCAGGCUAUGCCCUGGCGGUGAUCGGGCUGCUGGUGGCAUCAUCCACCAUGUGCAUCCCCCUGGGAGCACUAGUGACUUUUGUAAGGAAGAGACUGAAGAGGGAACGAGUCGCAACUGUCGCAUGAGAGCUGACAGCUGGAUUUGGGAAGACCCUACCCCCGUCACCAGUGACUGGGCACUUCUGGAAGACAGCAGCAACCAUUAUUUGU